AUGGUUCAGCGGCAGUACUUCAGCUCUCUCUUCAUCCGAAAUGGAGUCGCUACAUUCAGACUUGUGCCCUUCCUAGCUGCCUUCGCAAACCUUCGUGUCUUUGUCGUCUUCAGUAUCCUCGUCAGGCCUCCUCCCGCAGGUCUUAAGCGUCAAGUAUUCGAAGGGUGCAGCCUCGAAGUUCAGUUGGAUGGCCAAACCAUCUACAAUGAAGUAAUGAGCGACACGGGCGGAUCAGAGGUCGGACAGAGAAGCAACCCUGUCAGACUCAACGCUGAAGGUCGACCUGAUCUCCAAUACUUCCUGACUUGUGGCUCCGAUGCUAUUGAGGUUGUUGUUUCUCAUCUGUCUUUUGAACAAGCUAGCGACGAUGCAGAGACCACACCCAUCGCGCCCCUCCCAACGGGUACUGAAACUCCAGGUGGUACAAUCACCAACUCUGAGGGAUUUACUACCAAUUCUGAUGGAGAGACUGUAUUCCCUACGGGAACUAACUCCGCUGGCUUCGCUACCAACUCCAAUGGCGAGACUAUUGUCCCUACGGGAACCAACUCUGCUGGCUUCACUACCAACUCCAACGGCGAGACUAUCUUUCCUCCUAGCACAAACUCUGCUGGCUUCACCACUAAUCCCAAUGGAGAGACUAUCGUCCCUACUGGAACCAACUCUGCCGGUUUCACCACAAACUCCAACGGAGAGACUAUCUUUCCUCCUAGCACCAACUCUGCCGGCUUUACCACAAACUCUAACGGCGAGACCAUCUUUCCCACUGAAACCGCAACUGGUACUGAGGAUCAAUCUUCGGCUCCAACUGCUACCUCUCCCGCUGGUUUCCCUGACUUCAUUGAUGCUUUCACCCUCUUUGGCUGUGUCGGUUCUAACGAUGGCUUCCCGACUUUCGAACUUGCUGAAUCGGAUACCUCUAUGGACCUGGACCAGUGCUCUACUCUCUGCCAAGGUCGAGCCUACUUUGGCGUCUAUGAUACUGACUGCUACUGUGGUGACGAGAUUGAUGGCGAGGAAACUGCCCGCGUUGGGCUCGAUUCAUGUGAUAUCGAGUGUCCCGGCGAUGUCUCUCAAUUCUGCGGCGGUGACUCUCCACGUCGCAGGAUGCACCGUCGCCAGACAAUUCCUUCCAAUCGCCUUCUCACGGUUUAUGUUUCUGCUGGUGGCCAAACUGAUAUUGUCACCAACGAAGUCACUAGAACCGUCACUGAUCAGUCAACCUUUGUUACUACCUUCGCCACUACCGUCGUUGGACCAGUCACCACCGCUACUGAGCGGGUGGUGUACAUAUUUGUUGAGGCCAUCUGCGGCGCCUGUAAUGGUCAGUGGGUAUAUAUCCCUGAGGUUUGUGACUGCCAGGGCGGCUUCCAGUAUGUUCCCUACUUCUGCUUCGGAGGCAGCUGCUCUGGAAAGACUGUGUACAAGUCUCAGGAGUGUCACGAUUGGUGGAACCACAAGGACUUCUAUGUUCCAGCAGACUGCGAGGAAUGCUCCGGUGGAGAGAUCAUUUACAAGCCUUGGGAGAAUUCUUGGGGUACGCCUCAGAACUGCAAGCCUGAGGAGAUCCCUGCCUGUGAGGGACUCAAGUGUCCACCUAUCUACCCCACCAAGAACAAAGGUCAGAACGGAGGUGGUAGCAGUGAUCACAGUGGCAGCUCCCACCCUGGUACGCACCAUGGAGGUUCCGACAGUGGUUCCAACGGCGAUUCCAACGGCAGUUCCACUGGUGGUCCCAAUGGUGGUCCCAAUGGUGGUCCCAAUGGUGGCUCCAGAUAUGAUAAUCAGAGCAAGGGCAUGAACGACAAGGGAUCAAAUAGCGAUAUCCCAGGAUGCACUGGUGAUGACUGCACAAAACCCUAUGGUGACGAAUCUAACUCCAAGCCUAAUGGUUCCUAUGAGUCUAGCGGAGGUAAUAGCUACGUUGAGCCUGCACCUGGAAGCAAGCCUACUGGAUCAGCUGAGGGCAGUGACCCUUACAGUAACCCUGCACUUAGCGGUAAGCCUACUGAUGUACCUGUUAUUAUUAGCAGAGCUAGUAAGCAGUUUGCUAGUAUUUUUGUUUUCCCAGCUGCUUUUCUUUUUACUCUCUUUUAA